UCGCCUCUAAUGUCGCCUGCAAAAUCUUCGAGUCCCGCAAGUGACUCGGUAUCACAAGACCUAUCUCAGAUCAAGAACGGAGAAGACGAGAGAAGGAGCAGUUCAGUCGUUUUCUCUCCUUCAAGCUUCAAGCCUUUGAACCAUCGCCGGACUGCACCCAAACAUAACGAUGCCGGAAAGUUCGAAUGUCAGAAUUGUCAUCAAAUCUUUGACCGCAAAUGCGAGUGGAACAAACACAUGGACAAGCAUGAACGACCAUACAAGUGCGACAAACCGCAAUGCGCCAAGUUGCUAGGAUUCACCUACUCAGGUGGCCUCUUGCGUCACGAGCGUGAGGUUCACGGCAUGCACGGCGGGCCCAAAGAACAACUCUUCUGCCCUAUCAAGCACUGCAAGCGACACACCGAACAGGGCUUUACACGACGCGAGAAUCUGCAGGAGCAUCUACGCAGGGUGCACAAGCUGCAAGAUGUAGAAAGUAUAGAAGCUGCUGCCCAGGACGCUCUCACGCCCAGAACUGUACCAUCAGAUCACGAUUCUGACGACGACAACCGAUUGACAAAGCGUAAGCGCACGAGUAUCGUAAGCCUAACUGAGGACGUGCCGGAAGAGGACGUCAGAACACAGCUGAAGAAGUUGCGACUCGAAAACGCGGAAUUGAGGGGCAUGGGCGAGAACCAACGGGCCGAGAUCAACGAGAUGAAGGAACAGAUCAAGCGCCUUGCAGAGCAACUCGCAGAACAACGCGCAGCAACACAAACUGUACAAAUUCCUCGCUGGCGUCCGAAUGGGACAGGAUGA